AUGGUUUAUUGGUCAAUCCAGUCAUUAAUCAAAUUGAGAAAGUAUUUGUACGAACACGAUAUCUUGGUUGAGGCGUAUUCUCCAUUGACUCAGGGCCAAAAGCUCAAGGAUCCUUGGUUGUUGGAUCUUGCCAAGAAGUACAACAUUUCACCCAUUGAGUUACUUUUGAAAUGGUCGUAUUUGCAAGGAUUCAUCGUAUUGGUUAAAACGGAAAAUCCUAAACGUAUCAAGGAAAAUUUGGACAUUUUGCCAGAAGCAGUAAAAGAGAAUGAUGGGUUAGAAGAGACUGUAAGGCUUGGCAAGAUUGAUUUGGAUGUGGACUUGCUUGAGGCAUUGAACAAACCAGACUCCAAAGAAGUUUUGACCUGGGGAGGAGUUGAUCCAACCUUGUACAAGGAUGGUGAUGCUUAA